GAGAUGCUCACAAAGCUGUCCGAAGAGUCGCAGGCACAGCUGGUGGACAAGCUGAAAGCACAGGCGACCCACAAGCAGUUCAUCACCAAGCUUAUCGUGCAGGGCCUGCUGAUGUUGCUGGAGGACCACGUGGAAGUCCGGUGUCGCAAAUGUGACGAA